AAUAAAUUCCAGUUGGUUUAGGAUAAAAGAGAUGCAAGUUAACCAACUCCUUUCCUAUUUGGCUUCACAUUACACAAUUUACACAGAGAUCGAAGAGAAGAGAAGAGAAUAGAGAGAGAGAUUCGAAACCCUAAUUUACUUCGAAACUUGUGACCCUAUUUCGCGAGAGAGAAACUCCGAUUUUGUGAUUCCAAGCUUAAAAUUAUUUUCCUCGAUUUCUGUAUUUGAAACCCUACCAUCGUCCUUGUAAUUGUAGGAGCUAAAACAACAAAAGAAAAGAAAAAGAAAAGCACGAGCUGUUCUUUAAGCGACGACGUUUUGAAGAUGAUUAUGAGUCAAAAAUUGAUGGCAGAAGCGGAGGUCAUCUAUAAACCGCCGGUUCUUGACGUGCAGUAUCACCUGCAGAACUUAAACGUCGAUGUGACCGCUCCUUCAACUCCGAUCCUUGAUUCCAUCUCGGCCGAUAUCUCGCGAUUUGAAUCGGCUGUGAGUUGCACGGAGAUCAUAAAUGAAUCAGCUAUUGAGUCUUCUGCUGUUAAGUCUUUUCCAAGCAUUCGCUCUGGUAGCUAUGCUGACAUUGGAACUAGGCCCUCCAUGGAUGAUGAGCAUAUUCGGAUUGAUGAUCUAUCUACUCAUUUGGGUUCUUUCUUCAAGUGGCCAAGUGCUUUUUAUGCAGUGUUUGAUGGUCAUGGGGGCCCUGAAGCCGCUGCUUAUAUCAAGAGAAACGCCAUAAGAUUUUUUUUUGAAGAUGUCGAGUUGCCACAAACAUCUGAUAUUGAUGCUGUCCUUUUAGAAGCAUUGGUGGAUUCCCAAAGGAAAGCUUUUUUACUUGCAGACAUUGCGUUGUCUGAUGAAAGCAGUGUUAGCAGUUCUUGUGGAACAACAGCGCUGACUGCCCUAGUUAUUGGAAGGCAUCUGCUGGUUGCAAAUGCUGGUGAUUGCCGUGCAGUUUUAUGCAGGAAAGGGGUAGCUGUUGAUAUGUCCCAAGAUCACAGGCCUUCUUAUUUGCCAGAACGCAAACGGGUUGAGGAGUUGGGUGGUUAUAUUGAAGAUGAAUAUCUUAAUGGCUACCUCUCAGUUACUAGAGCUCUUGGAGACUGGGAUUUGAAACUUCCACUUGGGGCUGCAUCGCCUCUCAUUGCUGAUCCAGAUGUGCAACAGCUUAUGUUGACAGAGGAUGAUGAAUUCAUGAUUAUUGGUUGUGAUGGCAUCUGGGACGUUAUGUCAAGCCAGAAUGCUGUUAGAUUUGUCCGUCGUGGGCUUAGGCGUCACGAUGAUCCAGAGCUGUGUGCCAGAGAACUAGUCAUGGAAGCAUCGCGCCUAAAUUCAACUGAUAAUCUCACUGUGGUCAUAAUAUGCUUCUCUUCAUCUAGUCCUGUUGAGUCAUGUCCUCCUCGAAGACAAAGGUUGAGGUGCUGCGGUCUUUCUGAGGAGGCUCGAAGUCGAUUGAGGAGUUUAUUGGAAGGCAAUUGAAUGUACAGAGAAAUUAUUUUGUGUUAUUUACUGAGAAUUUAUAUGAAGAGAGAUUUUUCUCUGUUUCAGGCUGUUUCAGAUAGUUUAGAAAAAGCGGCCAGCAGUUUUGCAGGGGUAGAAAAGAAUACUGUGAUAGUGUAGUAUCAAGUAGAGUGUAAUGGUACUUGAUUCGAAGGUUUAAUAACAAAGCUUGAUUAUUUUUUAUCUAAA